AAACCAGGCAAUUGCAAAAGCGGCUUCGCGUCAGAUCCACCCGUCCGUUCCAUUCCGCGAGUGAGGGACGCCCCGCUUUUCCGUUACUCCGCAGCGUCGCCUCCUCCGCUCUCGUCGCGCCGCCCUCUGCCCUCCGGCUCCAUCCCCCCGCCCGCAGUAUAUGAGGUCCUAGUGUUCUGUGGUCUUGUCUAGUGGCGGGAACUGUCUGUCUCUCUGUAUUGUUCAAGUAAGCUUUUGUAAGAUUCCUGCUCAAUGUCAAAUGCAAAAGUAGUGCUUGAUCCUGCAUUUCAAGGAGCUGGCCAUAAACCAGGGACAGAAAUAUGGAGGAUUGAAGAUUUUAAGCCAGCUCCUUUGCCAAAAUCAGAUUAUGGUAAAUUCUACUGUGGAGAUUCAUAUAUAGUUCUGCAGACGACUUGUAACAAAGGGGGUGCUUAUCUUUUUUAUAUCCACUUCUGGAUUGGAAAAGAUUCUAGCCAGGAUGAAGCUGGAACUGCAGCAAUCAAGACUGUUGAACUUGACACCAUGCUUGGGGGUCGUGCAGUACAGCACAGGGAACCACAAGGCUAUGAAUCUGAUAAAUUCCUAUCAUACUUUAAGCCAUGCAUCAUACCCUUGGCGGGAGGUUUUGCUUCCGGGUUUAAAAAGCCAGAAGAGGAGAAGUUUGAAAUGCGGCUAUAUAUUUGCAAAGGGAAGAGAGCUAUCAGAGUUAAAGAGGUUCUCUUUGCUCGUUCAUCAUUGAACCAUGAUGAUGUUUUUAUCUUGGAUACUGAAAAGAAAAUAUAUCAAUUCAAUGGUGCUAACUCCAAUAUUCAAGAAAUGGCCAAAGCUUUGGAAGUGAUCCAACAUUUAAAAGAGAAGUAUCAUGAUGGAGUGUGUGAUGUUGCAAUUGUUGAUGAUGGAAAAUUGCAAGCAGAAUCAGAUUCAGGUGAAUUCUGGGCCCUUUUUGGUGGUUUUGCACCGAUAGGGAAAAAGGCUGUAAUUGAUGACGAUGUUGUUCUUGAAACGACACCACCAAAGCUUUACAGUAUCAGUAAUGGCCAAUUGAAUUUAGAAGACAAUGUUCUUACAAAAUCAAUUCUGGAGAACACUAAAUGCUUUUUACUUGACUGUGGGGCUGAGCUGUUUGUAUGGGUUGGUCGGGUAACACAAGUUGAUGAUAGGAAAACCGCCAGUGCUGCAGUUGAGAAAUUCAUUAUUAAACAAAAUAGGCCAAAGACAACAAGAAUAACUCAAGUGAUUCAAGGUUAUGAGAAUCAUACAUUCAAGUCUAAGUUUGAAUCAUGGCCAGUAAGUAAUGCGGCAGGGAAUGCCGGUGUGGAAGAAGGGCGAGGGAAAGUUGCAGCGUUAUUGAAGAAGAAAGGUGUCAAUGUCAAAGGAGUCUCAAAAAGCAAUGCUCCAGUAAAUGAUGAAGUUCCUCCUUUGCUAGAAAGCAGUGGAAAGCUUGAGGUUUGGUUAAUUAAUGGCAGUGCUAAGACUGCUCUUCCAAAGGAGGAACUUGGAAAAUUAUACAGCGGAGACUGUUUUGUUGUUCUCUACACAUAUCAUUCUGGUGACAAAAGAGAAGAAUUCUAUCUAACUUAUUGGAUUGGGAAAGAUAGUGUACUGGAAGAUCAAGAGAUGACUUUUCAAACAGCUAAUACAAUUUGGAAUUCAUUGAAAGGAAAACCUGUGCUGGGUCGUAUUUAUCAAGGGAAAGAGCCACCACAAUUUGUUGCUCUUUUCCAGCCAAUGGUUAUUCUGAAGGGUGGUAUCAGCUCUGGAUACAAGAAAUUUGUAGAACAAAAUGGUCUGACGGAUGAAACAUAUUCUGCUGAUGGCACUGCUCUCGUUCGAAUUUCUGGAACAUCAGUUCAUAACAAUAAAGCACUUCAAGUUGAUGCGGUUUCAACGUCAUUGAGUUCCACAGAUUGCUUUAUUUUGCAAUCUGGAAAGACUAUGUUUACCUGGAUUGGCAAUUCUAGUUCUUUUGAACAACAACAAUGGGCUGCAAAAGUUGCCGAGUUUUUGAAGCCAGGUGUCGUCGUCAAACAUUGCAAGGAGGGAACUGAGAGCUCUGCUUUCUGGUCUGCUAUUGGUGGAAAGCAGAAUUAUACAAGCAGAAAUGUUGCGCAAGAUGUUGCUACUAGAGAGCCUCAUUUGUAUACCUUCUCUCUUAGGGACGGGAAGCUGGAGGUUACUGAAGUUUUCAAUUUUUCACAAGAUGAUUUGUUGACAGAGGAUACAAUGAUAUUUGAUACACACUCUGAGGUCUUUAUUUGGAUGGGUCAGUGUGUGGAGACAAAAGAGAAACAAAAGGCAUUUGAAAUUGGCCAGAAAUACGUAGAACAUGCAGUGGCCUUUGAAGGUAUUUCUCCUGAUGUGCCUCUCUAUAAAGUCAUUGAAGGGAAUGAGCCUUGCUUCUUCAGGACAUACUUCUCCUGGGAUAACACACGAUCUGUGAUCCAUGGGAAUUCGUUUGAGAAGAAACUUUCAAUUCUUUUUGGAAUGCGUUCGGAGGGUGGAUGCAAGAGCUCAGGUGGUGGACCAACUCAAAGGGCAUCCGCAUUGGCUGCUCUUUCAUCUGCAUUGAAUCCAUCUUCACAAGGGAAGCAGUCGAAUGAGAGGCCCACAAGCUCAGGUAAUGGUGGGCCUACUCAGCGUGCUUCAGCAAUGGCUGCAUUGUCCUCUGCACUUAAUCCAUCGUCAAAACCCAGCAGCCCACAGCCACAAUCUCGUUCAGGUCAAGGUUCUCAAAGAGCCGCUGCUGUUGCAGCACUGUCCAAUGUUUUGACUGCUGAGGGAUCUUCUCAAAGCCCCCGCAGCAGUAGGUUGUCCCCAAAAGCAGAUGCUGAGAAGACUGAAUUAGUUCCAUCCGGUGCUUCUCCUAAAUCUGAAGCAGGGGAAUCCUCCGAAUUUCAUGCAGACAAAGAUUCUCCAGGAGAUGAACGAACAGAAACUGAUGUCUCACAGGAACAAACUGCCCAUGAAAAUGGAGGCAAAACAACCUAUAGCUAUGACCGCUUGAUAUCAAAGUCCACGAACCCUGUUAAGGGCAUAGAUUACAAACGCAGAGAGACAUAUUUAUCAGACAAUGAAUUCGAAACCGUAUUUGGUAUGACUAAAGAGGAAUUCUACCAGCAGCCAGGGUGGAAGCGAGAACUGCAGAAAAGAAAAGCCGAUAUUUUCUAAAGCGUGGUUUUCAAUAGAGCCUUGCCUUUUCAUGCUACGAAGCUUUGCACAUUCCUAAUCUUCUCUGUACACGGUUGGCGUUGGUGGCAUGACACAGGAGAGCCCACGGUGUCCAGCAUUCUCAUUCUCAUCAUGUCCAGAAUUCUGCUGUUUUCCGCGAGUUGUGUAAGGCAAUUUUUAUUUGUACAUGGUUUUGGAUUAUAUAGCUCCAAGGGUAGUCCCUAUAUUAUUCUGAGCUUGUUCU